AUGACUAUCACAAAGGUUGCUACUAUCGCUUUGGUUAACCUUGCCGUCCUGGGUUCAGGUGCGCCAGCCAAGGGCUCAGAUGGAUUCAUCGCUGCACCAUACUACCCAGCACCCUAUGGUGGGUGGGUAGAAGAUUGGGCAGAUAGCUAUGCCAAAGCUAAGAAACUCGUCGAUUCUAUGACGUUGGCUGAAAAGACCAACAUCACAGCUGGUACAGGCAUCUAUAUGGGUCCUUGCAAUGGUAACUCUGGAUCUGCUGAUCGGGUCGGUUUCCCUCAGCUGUGUCUGAACGAUGCAGCCAAUGGUGUCCGACAAGCUGACAACGUCACCGUGUUUCCUGAUGGAAUCACCGCUGGGGCAACCUUUGAUAAGAAAUUGAUCUACGAGCGCGCUGUAGCUAUCGGAAAGGAAGCGCGAGGAAAGGGCGUCAAUGUCUGGCUUGGUCCUGCUGUUGGUCCUAUUGGCCGAAAGCCCAAGGGAGGACGCAACUGGGAGGGCUUUGGCUCUGAUCCAUCUCUCCAAGCCAUUGGUGCUCGAGAGACCAUCAAGGGUGUUCAGGAACAGGGUGUGAUCUCAACUAUCAAGCAUCUCAUCGGAAAUGAGCAGGAAAUGUACAGACGACAGACCACUGAUGUUGUAUCUCCAGCAUAUUCUGCAAAUAUUGAUGAUCGAACUAUGCAUGAGCUUUAUCUCUGGCCCUUUGCUGAAGCUGUUCGAACGGGCGUGGGAGCAACCAUGACAGCUUACAAUCGAGUCAACGGCACGAUGUCUAGUGAGCACUCAUAUCUCAUCAAUGCACUACUCAAAGAAGAGCUUGGAUUUCAAGGUUUUGUGAUGACAGACUGGCUUUCUCAAAUCACCGGCGUCGCAUCGGCUAUUGCUGGAAUGGAUAUGAGUAUGCCUGGUGACCCAGUCAUCCCACUUCUCGGAAGGUCACUAUGGAUGUACGAAAUGACCCGCGCCACACUCAACGGAUCCGUUCCUAUGGAAAGACUGAACGAUAUGGCCACACGCAUUGUCGCGACUUGGUACAAGUUUGGACAAGACAAAGACUUUCCCAAAUUGAGCUUCGACACCAACACAUAUGAUGCUGUAGGGCCUCUGUACCCUGGAGCUUGGCCCAACUCGCCCUCUGGAGUCGUCAACAAAUUCGUCCAAGUGCAAGAGGACCACGACGUGAUUGCCCGACAAGUCGCUCAGGACGCCAUCACUAUGCUCAAGAAUGACGGCAACCUUCUGCCACUCAGCAAGAAGAGCCCUCUUAAGGUCUUUGGCACAGGCGCCCAGACCAACCCCGAUGGUGCAAAUGCUUGUGCCGAUAGAAACUGCAACAAAGGCACAUUGGGUCAAGGCUGGGGAUCAGGAACCGUCGACUACAUGUACUUGGACGAUCCUAUCGGCGCCAUCAAAAAGGAGGCUGACGAUGUCGCAUUCUACAACACCGAUAAAUUCCCUUCAGUCCCGAGUGCGACCAACGACGACGUUGCAAUUGUUUUCGUGACAUCCGAUGCGGGCGAGAACACAUACACGGUUGAAGGUAACAAUGGCGAUCGGAACGCUGAUAAACUGAACGUGUGGCACGGUGGAGACGCGCUCAUCAAGGCGGCGGCUGCGAAAUACAAGAAUGUUGUUGUGGUGAUACACACUGUCGGACCUGUUACACUUGAGCAGUGGCAUGACUUGCCUUCGGUUAAGGCAAUCCUCGUUGCACAUCUUCCCGGACAAGAGGCUGGCAAGUCUCUUACGAAUAUUCUUUUUGGUGAUGCAUCUCCCUGUGGACACUUGCCAUAUAGCAUCACCAAGAAAGAGGAUGACAUGCCUGAGAGUGUUGUCAAACUCAUCGACUCUGGCUUUCUCGAUCCUCCCCCUGAUACCUAUUCCGAAGGUUUAUACAUCGACUACCGUUGGCUUAACAAGGAAAAGAUCCGACCUCGCUACGCUUUCGGUCACGGUCUCAGCUAUACCAACUUCACCUAUUCUAAUGCGACCAUCAAGAGAAUGACCACGCUGACCCAAUACCCUCCCAAAAGGUCAGCGAAGAGUGAUGUUCUGGACUAUUCCCAGGAUAUUCCCGAUUACAAAGAAGCCAUCAUGCCAAGCAAUUUCAAGACAGUUUGGCGCUACCUUUAUUCUUGGCUUUCAGAGUCUGAUGCAAAGAAGGCUGUCGAAGCAGGACAAAAGUCCAAGUACCCUUACCCAGAGGGCUACGCGACUAAGCAAAAGACAGCUAUUCCACGUGCGGGUGGCGCGCAAGGCGGAAAUCCAGCGCUUUGGGACGAAGCUUAUACCAUCUCAGUACGAGUGACUAACUCAGGCGCUAAAUUCGCCGGAAAAGCUUCAGUUCAGGCAUACAUCCAAUUUCCGGAGGGUGCCGGAUACGAGACUCCCGUGAUUCAGCUUCGUGACUUUGAGAAGACGGGGAUCAUCGAGCCUGGAGAAAGCGAGACGGUGCAGUUGACCUUGACCAGGAAGGAUCUGAGUGUUUGGGAUGUCGAGUCGCAGGAUUGGCUAGUGCCCAAACCGAAUGGUGAAUAUCGGGUAUGGCUUGGCGGUGCAAGCGAUAUGCUGGAUGUUGUCUGCUACACUGAUGAUCUGAGCUGCGACAACGAUGUUGAUGGACCCGUGUCGUAUGAUUGA